AUGAAGUACAGCGAGAGAUUUCACAAGGAAUCCGUGCCACAAUGGGCGCCAUUUAAUGUUGAUUAUAUCGAAUUGAAGAACCUCAUCAAACUCAAUACUACACGAAAUCAAGGUCAGGCAAUCGCGAUUCCAGGCCAAGCCGACCCGAGAUUGGAGAAGUUUGAGAAGUCUUUCUUCGAUGAGCUCAAGAACCAGCACAACCGGGUGGAUUUGUUUGUAAAGAACAAGGCGGAUGAGUACACCCACUGGUUAAAUGAUCUCCAAAAGCAGGUUGUCAAAUUGCUUGAGCGAACGACUCGGCUGAAAGGUGGGCCAAUUCCCGAAGCACUACACCGGAAAUACAUUAUAUACAAUGAUCGGAUUGAGAGGUGUGGCGCAGAAAUCACUUCUCUUGAACGUUUUCAAAAGGCGCAGAGGGAGGCAUUCCGAAAGAUCUUGAAGAAGUACAAGAAAUGGACGGGUUCGGCAACGCUUGGAGAGCGCUUCGACUUCGAGGUACUCAAUAGGCCUGAUAGUUUUACCAAAUUCGACUUCGACGAGUUGCGGUCCCGAUACAGAUUACUCUCCGCGAGCAUCCGCUCCUCUACUCCUCCCCCCAUAAGCGGAACCACAAGUCCCAGUUCCUCGAGACGGCCUUCCCGAAGAUCGAGUACCCAGAUCUCGGUCCAGCCACCACCACAAGCAUACUGGAACGAGUACGACAAUGGAAGCGAAGCAGAAGAUGAGCCCUUCACCAUCUACGUGAACCCAGAUGCGGACUCGUUCCCUGGCGCAAAGGCGGUGGAGUUACUGCUCGAGAAGAUACAGCAACCGAUGAAAAGCGUCAAGUCAUGGUUCAGCCCCGGCACAUCGCCCAGCGCCGAGACCCGCCCACUGCUUCGAUCUCGAGACAGCUAUUUCCACGGCUUCAACGACCAGAAUAGCCCGGUAGACACCGAAGACGACGCCUACGCUUCUUCUAACGAGUUUCCAGCCGGAUACGCCACGCACUACGCCACAUUCCCCAGCAUCAAAGACCAGAUGUUCUCGCGGAGCAGGGAGACGUGGCUAUUCCGUAUAAUGCUUGGCUCGUAUGCUGGAUCGCUGAUUCUGAUUUUCAUCACGAGCAUUUUGUUCUCGACAGGCAGGCGCAAGUUGAUGGUCGAAGUCGAUGCGGGAGCUGUUGCUGGGUGUGUGGCAAGUUUGUGCUUUGCUCUGGGUGGAAUAAUGGCCGCUGUGUGCAGGCAGGAGAAGUUGGGCUGGCUGCACAUAACGUGUGUCUGGGUCGCGUUCAUGGGAUUGUUCGCGCUGAACCUCAUGCUCCUGUUCUUGGUCCUGAGCAACAUCCGCUCAUGA